CUCCCGACUCCGUAGGAUUGAUCUGUCCGUCGCAAAUGAGUCUGAUGAAGGAUCGCACCGCCAUAAUCGCCGUUCUUACAGUCGCCGUCCUCGGUUCCCUCUACUUCUUUCGAUCCUCUUCGCCUACCUUCCGGAUGGCGUCUACCUCCGCCUCUUCUGCAGAUGUGUCCAGCCUUGUGCUGACUCUGGCGCAAACAUCCACAAGCCCUCCGACAUUGAAGGUGACGCUCAAGAACACCCAUACUUCGUCCACGUUCACGGUGCUGGAAUGGGAUACGCCACUCGACAAGCAGGCUUUCAACGUUGGCGUUUUUCAAGCAGCUGAUGCGACGGGUGCCAAGAUCGGCAUUCCACGACUGAUGAUUAAUCGUAAACUUCCGCCACCCAGAGAAGCAUUGGUGGAACUUGUGCCCGGUGCAGAGGCGUCCAAGGAAUUGCCGCUGGACAAGCGAUGGAUGCCCAGAGACAAGUUUACGAUUAAGGCGGAGGGAAAAUGGAAGGCGUUAUGGGAGAAGGCUGCUGGGGAUGUACAAGCGAGUGACUUGGAAGAACUAGGAGGUAGUACAGCGAAGACUGGAGAGUUCAGAAGCGAUGAGGUUACCGUGGACUUAGCAUAAUACUCUAAAGUGCUUGUUUCUGAUCGUUGCCUCAGAUUCGCUUGAACACAUUCAAUUGCAAUU